GGGGGGACAGGGGCAUUUUGUCUUAAAGGUAUAAUGCCAAAACUUGUUGUCUCUUGCAUAAGUUUAUUAUCUCCUAUCUGCUGUCGAAGGUGUACUGCUCUUUUAGGUAAUCUUGCACUUACAGUGUUUUAAUAAAUUCCUUCAAUCUCCCUACAAAACUACCGGCAUCCACAAGCAGUUUUCGACUGCCUGUUAUUUAGUAUUCUCCUUGAAAACACUUCCCGGAAUUGUGCAUGGAAACGAGGCGAUUGGGAAAGUCCUUUGAAAAUGGAAGGUAGAGUGUCGUGGUUAAUGUUCAUGUUUACAAGUUAUUCUGCUGCAGAGAAUACGAAGUAGCUGCUACUUAGUCUGCAAACGGUAUGGAAGAACCCAAGAACAAAUAUAUUCUUCUUGUUGAUCGUGUGGGUGAAACACUUGAGAGAAAUCUUUUGGCGCUUGGUCCUUCCAUGAAGGCAACACCAACUCCAGCUCUACGAGGGGAGUUAUUGGAAGCUAUUACUGAAGCUGAACAACCUUCAGAUGUAAAUAAAAUAGCCCUUGUUGGAAUCAAUCGUACAUCAUUGCGUCUUGAAUGUCGCAUGGCGGAUUUAACUCGGCUUUCGGACGAAGAAGCGAACUUGCUUUUGGCGAUAUCUUCCGCUGAAUCGAGAUAUCAAACGUUUAUCGACAGAAAAUCUCUGGAUUUUGGGCGUCGACUUUCACCAGGAAAUCAGGUGUUUCUUUCUGUGAAAGGAAUGGCAAAGGAUUUACCUGGUGUCGUACGGUUCAAGGGUGAAUUACCGUUUCGUCCUGGUACUACGUUUGGAGUUGAACUGACCGUAGGUAUCAAUUGACCCAUGGGUUUCAUGUAUUUUUCAACAAUUCUUCUUUGAUUUAUCAAUGCUACCAGUAUUUUUCAGUUGUUGCCAUAAUAGUGGUACCAAGUGGAUACCCAAUCAUGGCCAUUUUUGUGAAGGAAAAUAUUACCAUAGCAACACCCCCUAAUUUUAGCUUUCACUGCUCAUAACUCAAAAACGAGUCCAGUGGCUUCAUUUAAUAUCAAAUUGUUUUAAUAAAACUUUUUGCAAACUUGGAAGAAUCAUUAAGUAUGGAAGGGGUUCAGAGCCACUCUAAUUUUUUUUUAAAAUUUAAGGUGGCUGUAAAACCGUCCCCACAAUUGUUUUUAAACUUAAGUUGAAUCUUGAUUAAUUGUAAUUUGUGUGUAGCACAUGAUGAGGGCAAAAAUUGGUGUGU